GCUGACUCCCAAAUUCUUGUUUAUGGGUGUGACAUGAUAGCCAUUUUAUAGAGAGAAGAAAGACAGUUGGUACUCAACAGCUCCCUCUCAUUUCCUCUUCUUUGAGAAAUCAGCACCGAGAAUAUGUCUGACUCUAUUUGUAUUGUGGGUACACUAUUUGGAUCUGCAAAGGGACAACAAGAGUGCAGUUCCUGUUACCUAAUAAGCAUGGGGUCUGUCAUGGGCAUUAUGGCUUGUGAUAUUAUCUUGACCAUCUUCAUCACAAUUUCUGUGUUCUGCUUUGCAACUCUCCAUAAGAGAAGGAGAGAAUGGGAUUCACACGAUAAAAGAAACCUACCGUCAUCAUCAAAGAAAAUGACAACAGAAGUCACAGAAUCUCCCUAUCAGGAGUUACAUGGAGUCCAGUCAGACGUGUACAGUGAACUUCGGCACUUUAGGAAAUGAACUGUGGAGCUAUAUAAAUGUCUUGUCUUACAUUAUUUUCCCAUGCUGUAACACAAUGGGGCCACACCACAUAUACUCACACAGUAUUGUAUAUUACAGGAAACAAUAUAUAAAGUAUGUGUAUUUUGCAUUUGAUGAAUUUGUAUUUUAUUCAUCUGUACUGUGCUAAUGGUGAUGUUCUCUGCCUCAAAUACUUGAUUU